CCCAGUGCCAAGAAAGACCUCAACCCACUGCCAAGAAAGACCUCAACCCACUGCCAAGAAAGAACUCAGCCUACUGCCAAGAAAGCAUAAGAAAGGUGCAAUGAUGAAGAGUUUUUUCCUAGUUGUGAAUAUCCUGGCACUAACUUUGCCUUUUUUGGGUGCAGAGGUACCAAGCCAGGAACAACCAGCAUGCCGUGAGAAUGAUGAAAGAUUACUCAAUCAGAAAACAGUCGAGUAUAUCCCAGUUCAUUAUGUGCUGAAUAGCUUGAAUAGCUCUCCUUUUUAUGAACACAAUUACUACCGAUAUAGACCAGCUGUACUAGUUAGUAAUCAAAAUAUGCCUUAUCCAUAUUAUGGAAAACCAGCUGCACUUAGGGUACUCACCCAAAUUCCUCAAUGGCCAAUCCUGCCAAUUAUCUACACACCCACUGUGGUACAUCACCCACACCCACAGUCAUCACUUAUUGCCAUUCCCCCAAAGAAAAUUCAGGAUAAAACAGUCAUCCCUACCAUCAACACUAUUGCUACUGUUGAGCCUACACUUAUUCCUCCCAUUGAACCCACCGUGGACUCUGCAGUCACUCCAGAAGCUUUGUCAGAAUUCACCGUCACAAGCACACCUGAGACUACAACAGUUGCAGGCACUUCAUUCAUCGUCUAAAACCUCUAAGGAAACAUCAAAGACAACACAGGUCUUGCUGAAACCAAACAACUAAUUCAAACUUCUUUGGCCAUCGGUCUACCUUCAUCAAGAGAGAAUGUGAUUUUCACAGAUUUGGCUCCUUUCUCUUCUGCCCUUAAAUUUUACAUUAAUGCCACAUUUAAGUGUUCUGAUUCUUGCUCAAUAAAACCAAUUGAAUGCAA